AUGUCCUGGCCGGCUGUGCUCUGCUGCCUGUCCUUGCUUGCCUGGUACCCUCCUGCCCGCUCCCUCCGGAUCCGGCCGGGGAGGAAGGGGAGUGCGACCCCAAAGCCGGUGGCCGAGGUGGAGAGCGCCUGGAUCCGCAUGCGAGCCUCGAGUGCCGUGCGCCCCUACUCGCUCUCCCUCAACAAGGACCAUUACCACUACUUCCCGGGAGCCCAGCACCUGAACCCGCGGCGUUUGCAGAAGCUCCUGGGCUCUAACUUCGACCCCUUCUGGAUGGCGGUGGACCCUCCUGACGGGGCCGGGCGGGGGAACGAGUCUCACGCUGACCUGGUCUCGCGCAGCCCGCGCCUGACCGAGCCGGCCAACAGGUACCAGAAGAAACUCCGACACGAGGCGGAGAGGCUGGGCUUGGGCGCGGGGGGCGACGGAGGCAAGGAGGCGUUGGCGCGGUGGCUGGUCAAGGUGGCCUCCUGCCCGCUCACCUCUGCCUGGAAGGACCUGGGCCCCGUAUUCUGGCCACGUUGGGUGAGGCACACGGACUGCGACCGGGCAAAACGUGGCUGUUCCUGGCCCAUGGGAAUGACAUGCCAACGCGAUCGCUGGACCCACAUCAACCUGUUGGUGUGGCAUUGCCUGGCGGCCAGGCCAGCCGUGGGCAAGCACUGUACCUGGCGUCAGAUCCCUUACCCCGUAGUCACCGGCUGCAAAUGCUCGUGCCAGUAA